UUUUUUUUUUCUGUUUUUUUUCUUGCGCUUUAUUGAAAUAAUAAAAUGAGCUUUUUAUAUACAACGCCUGACAUUCAUUUUGGAACUGUAGCAGAAUUGAAUGGAAGUUUGGUUCACGUGGAUAAUGCAAACAGUUCAGCUUUGCAAGAAGUUCAUGACAACCAUACGCCGUUAUACCCUUCCAUUACAAUUCAACCUUUUGAACAACUCACUCCUGAUUAUAUCAAUAGUACGGAUGAAGAAGCUUCUAGUUAUUUAGAAGUUUUACACAACAAAGCCAAAUCACUACUUGUUCAACAAUGGGAAGAAAAUCGACCUACUAUUGAAGCUACAACCGUAUAUAAAGAAGGAAAACGUAUUUACGAUUACAUUUACAAUAAAUAUUUAAAAACAUCGAGUCCUGCAUUAGAACAUUCCAUGUUUCAAACAGAAAGUGGCAAUGUGAUUCGAUCGAUUGCCUGGCAUCCUCACCAAGAUAUUUUAGCAGUCGCUUAUAAAGAUGAUCAAGUUUAUAUAUAUGAAAAGAAAAAUAGUAAAUGGACUUGCCAAGUAUUAUCACAUAUGAAAAUGAAAGACAUUACCUGUUUAGAAUGGAAGCCUAAAGCAUCAGGAUUAUUGGCAGUUGGAUGUAAAGAAGGAGUUUGUGUUUGGACUGUAGAAAAGGUGAUUGAAGAAGAUGAAGAGCCUCAUAAACAUCCAUCAGCAACAAUGACAUAUUUAAGUUACCCUAAACAUGAUUAUAUAAGUGCAAUAGCUUGGGACCCUACACCUGGAAGUCAUUUAUUAGCUGUCGCUUCUGCAGUUACUAGUACACUUGUUAUUUAUGAUUUAUUAUUAAAUAGAACAAUUCCUCUAAAGCGUUAUGGAAAAGGGGAUAUUCUCUUACGUUGGAGCCCAAGUGGUGAAUGGCUCUUUGAAGGAGGAUGUGCUGGAGUGUCUCGUUUAUGGAAUACUCGAGAUUGGACAUCAAAACAAAUCUAUAAUCCUCCCGGUGUAUGGGUACAAACUGCCUGUUGGGCACCCAAUAAUAGAAUUCUAUUUUAUUCCAUGUACGGAGAGAGUGAUAUUCAUGUAUUAUUCUUGGCGGGACCUUCAGUUCAAUCAGUAGUAGAUGUUAAAGUCCUGUCUACACCGUCAACACUAGUUGAAUCAGCAACGGGCGCCUCGGUAAAAGUAGGUGGUACUAUUCGUGAUAUAUCGAUUGAUAUAAGAAACGGACAAAGACUAGCUGUGGCCUUUGAAGACUCAAAUUUAAUUGCCCUCUAUUCUCUUAAACAAGUUUCACCACUUAGUUUAACUGAAGAAGCAAUGCUAUUCCCUAUGUAAGUGUAAAUCAUAACUAUUUACAAUAUAAACUCACAAUGCAUCAUGUCUUUUUAUUCAUUUAUUUAGCGGCUGCAUCCGUGGAUUAAAAACUACUUUUGAUCAUACAACAGGUGCUAAUGAAAUGACAAUACUAAAAGAGGAUAUAAAGCCUUUACAGAUUUCAUUUUCUUCUACAUAUAAAAAUGGGGCUUUAUUAGCAAUUGCUUGGAAUAAUGGCUCGAUUACUUUUGUUACUCAUACCUUCUUGACUGAUGAAGAAAUGCGAAAACGAUUUAUGUAAUAAAUUUAAACAACCGAUAUCAUACUUUUUUUUUUUUUC